CUUUUAAGAGAAUGGCCAUAGGUCAGGAGAGCAGUGUAUGAGUGCGAGGGCAUGCCUGUCUACAUGAAGGUCAGUGCGACGCAGCCCUGCAGGGUCCCCGAAAACAUCACUGCUCCCCUCGACGAUCUGUGUGGCAGUAGCCCCGACUUCCCCGACAGGGCCAAGCCCCAGGUUGCUCCUUCGUCAGUGAGUAGUCGACAGAACCUUGCUGAGCACUACGUGGGUCCAGCAGCCCAGUGAGAGCCGUGUGAAUAGAUGUGCCCAGUGAGGGGUAAAGCACGUGACGCCAAGCUCCGCCGUCCGUCCCCUGCGGAAGCUGCGCUAAGCCGCUUGUGUCCUGUCGUUUGUUCAUCGUUCAUCCGGGGAACCCUGUGGUCGGGUUCUGUGCUAGGCCUGGAGUGAAGUGAGCCUUCGCCUGGAGAGGAAAUGGCUGCCUCGUCGUCGUCCUCCUCGGCUGGUGGGGUCAGUGGGAGUUCUGUCACUGGAUCUGGUUUCAGUGUGUCAGACCUCGCCCCACCACGGAAAGCCCUUUUCACCUACCCCAAAGGAGCUGGAGAGAUGUUAGAAGAUGGCUCUGAGAGAUUUCUCUGCGAGUCCGUUUUCAGCUAUCAAGUGGCAUCCACACUUAAACAGGUGAAACAUGAUCAGCAGGUUGCUCGGAUGGAAAAACUCGCUGGUUUGGUAGAAGAGCUGGAGGCCGAUGAGUGGCGGUUCAAACCCAUCGAGCAGCUGCUGGGGUUCACGCCCUCUUCAGGUUAACGUCGCCUGCGUGGUCACCUCUGGUGCGCAGCAAGUGCAGAGCCAGCGAGGAACUUUCCUCCAGCCUCCGUGGCCACACAGGGACUCAGAGCUGCGUUGCUGAAUUGUUAACUCAUAUCCAUACUUGGUUUCUCUGUGUCUGUCCACAGGCAACAAAUACUUAAAUGUGUGAUCUUGCAGGGAAAAUGUUUGUUUAUUUGUUUUAAAAAGUAUUGAGACAAUCGGUUUCAGAGAACCAGGAGGUUUGGGUUUAAGAUAGAUUUAUAAAAUUUUCACAAGCCACGUGGGACACAUGCCAGAAAUGGCCAACUGAAUGGUGUGUAUCCUGUCACUGAUGCAGUGCCUGGAAGUCUUCCCCAGUCCAGUCCAUGGUCAGGAGCUGCUGGUGUGCAGCGCUUCUGACCUAAAACAGUUCUUUUGCAGAUGAAUGUGUUUUCAACUCAGGACUUGUCCAAAUGAGGAAUUUUUAAGUGUCCAUUUUUUCUCCUAUUUUUAGACAUCUAAAUCUAUAGAUUCUAACUUUUUCUAACCUCUUCUAGACAUGCCAGUUGCUGGCUAAAGGAAUUGCUUUUUGAAUGUUGCAGCACUUAGAAAAAUAAACCAGUGAGUAAAAUCCUUUUAACACAGAAAUUCUGAGUUUAUCACAUUGGGAGACUCAAACAAUUCUGUAGCAAAUAAAUCCUUUGAAAGAACUCCAAA